AAAAACAAAAAUAAAAAAGAAAUUCGUUGAAGAACGAGACGAGAAGGAUCGAUUUACGCCGGAGGAAGCUACAGAUCUCGGCGGGAGCGGACCUCGACUGGGCUUCUCUGCGACUGAUCAUUCGCCAUUGCCAGACCGAAUCUCCACCUCCGGUCGUCCUCUCCCCUGCGGUUGUCUCGAAGAAUGCUUCUCACCGUACUAGUAGAGGUGGAGCCGCCGAGCCCGAUGAGGUACUUAGUUGGAGCGGCGAUCAUGAUGGUCGGAGUGGUGUUGCCGGUUGGCUACAUGAUGUUCCGCAACAAGCGUGUGCCGUCUAAUUCCUCUUAUUCCAAGCAGACGUAGGAACAAAGUUUUGAUCUAGAUACAUACGACUGUGGGCAUUUGGAUUCCUUUCAUGGUUCUUUAAGUUUGACAAAGGUUGGCAACUAGAAGGGCCAUAGCAAUCUGCAAAGAAAUAGAUGUAAAUGCUUCUGAACUCCACUUCAAGAUGAUUCUUUUCUUUCCCGGCUCAACUCCAAGCUCUCCGAAAGUACAUGCGAUGUAUCAGUUUUACUACACUACCAGCCCCAGGUGUUCUCUCACAACUCAAGUGAUGCGCAGCAUUGAUUAGAUAUGUGCUGAUACAUGUAUACUCUUCCUAAGAUUUGGAUCUUCAGAUUCAGUUAUGUGAUGAAGUUUAUUUCCAAAUUCUCACAACAUUUUGCUUAAAAAGAAAAAAAAAGAAAAUCUGCAACUGAUGAACAGCAUUAAUGCACGUUUGUUCUGUCA